CUUGAGAACUUGGACUCCGUUGGAGUUGAAAUUGAAGUCUUCAAACUCACAAGUUGCUGCCAUGCAAUCUGAUUCUGAGGCGGGUAGAAGUCUUGCCCGCUCCUUUCUUUCGAGUCCAACGACGAAGUUUUGAACAGAUUCCGCUGGUCCUGGAGACUCUCCAUCAAGUUUCAACCUUGGGUGGAGUAGCUCGCUGAGGCAAGAAGCUUAGAUGUUGACCACGCGGACCAAACACGCGAUCGUGUAAUGGCCCUGCGGCCGCUGGCGGAGGAGGCCCUUUUUCCUGCAGCGGAGAAUGCCAUGAUGGCCCACCUGGACGAUCAAGCUCAUCCAGCAGCCAGUAUCAUGGCCCUCACUAGAAAGGACGAAUUUGCGGACGGCGGCAACAUUGAGAGCUGCUGUCGGUACCUCAACCAGAGCCUGGCUGCUGCGGGCUUUCCCGCGCUGCCCCUGCAAGCCUACGAUGCGGACGCCGCAGCGGCGGUAUGCAACUGCGUGUACUCCCUCCUGCAGCAGCGGCAGCGGGACGUGGACUUUCGGGACAGCGCCGCGGAGCAGCGCCACAGGCUGGCGGCUGACCUGAGCCGCUGCGAGGCGCGCGUGCAGCGGUUGCAGGCCCAGCUGGAGGCGCGGGAGCGCGACCUGGCCGCUGCGGUCACCAAGGAGCAGAAGGCGGCGGCGGCGGGCAAGGCGGCACUGGACAAGAUGAAGGACGAGCGGGACGAGUUCCACCGCAUCGCCACCGGCCUCCAGCAACGGCAGGCGCAGCUACAGCACGAGCUGCGCAAGAAGGAGGGCCACUACGCUCGCCUCCAGGAGCGGCUGAGCGUGCUGAUGGCGGAGAAGAAGGAGAAGCUGGGCGGGGGGGGCAUGGAGAUUAUGACGCUGCUGCAGAAGGGCGGCCGGCAGCGCGGCACGUGGGACGGCAAGAAGGCCGACGGCGACUUCUACAAGAUGAUUGUGGACGCGUACGAGGCCAAGAAGCAGGAGCUCACCGCGGAGAACGCCGCGCUCAAGGACUCGCUGCGCACCCUCCAGGAGGACAUGCAGCGGCUGGUGCGCGGCCACGAGGGCGGCGCCAGCAGCCCCGGCGCGGCCACGCCCAGCGACACCCCGCUCAAGGGCCGCCUGGACGUGUUCGACAUGCCGUAUCCCCUCGCGCGCGACCGCAUCGAGCACAGCCUCCGCGCCAAGAUGGCGUCUCUCCAGGAGCGUAUGGCGGCGCUGGCGAGCUGCGCCGCGGAGGACGAGGCGAGCGAGCGCGAGCUGGAGCUGGACGCGCAGCUGGCCGCGGCGCGCGCCAUCAUUGGCGAGCAGGAGGCCAUCAUCGCCGCCGCGCUGCACCCGGGCCACUCCCCGCAGCCCGGCCCCCGCCUCAGCCGCGACCUGGCCGCAGAGGUUCAGCUUGCCGCAGCAGACGAGGACGUGGGCGCGCUGCGGGAGCACAUUCAGUGGCUGGAGGCGGAGCGGCAGCAGGGCGGCCCACACCGGCAGCGCACCGGCAACGGCACUCCGCCAGGCGGGGCAGGCACGCCGCCACACCAGGAGGCCGGCUGACUUGGCAUCGAGGGGGCACCAGGAGCGGGCAAUGAAGACCACAACCGGCGAGCGACGGUUGAUGCGCCCAACGGGGCAGGCACUCUUGGGGAUCCGUGUUGCAUACGUGCACAGUAAAUGUUUAGCGACCCUCUAGAACAGCCGGCAACGAUCGCCGGCAGAGGGGACGACUUAGCCCAAGAUUCGUCCUGAUUUGGGGAAGCGGGAGUUUCGAGGAAUUUGAUGUCUACCCCGACUACAUACAAGAAAGAGUUUCCUCAGAUCUUCCUUUGCGGCCUGUUGAUCAUCAAUGCUUGCCUUUAAAUGAUCCUACCCGUUCCGUGUCAACAAACGUGUAUGUGGGUAGACUGAUUCUAGAGCGAGCUGAUCUUUCCUCUCAACACGUGCACUCCUAGAUAUGAG